GUGGCUUCUCUAUCAAGAUCCACCAAAUGACUGGAAGGAUCUUUUAUUUUGCCUGUUCGCCGUCAGAUACCAUUGGGAGCAUCAAAAAAGGUAUUGAGGACCAACAAGGGAUUAAUGCUGAUACUCAAAAGCUUUUCUAUGCUCCAACUUCAACAACACUUGAGAAUGGUUAGUAUUCUACCUAUAUAAUCACCGCGAAGUGCUCAAUUAAAUUCCCGGUAGGUAGAUAAAACGUUGGCUUAUUACGGCAUACCUAAUGUAAGUCUUACGUCCUUAAUGCCAUUCUAACAUAUGGGCUGUCCGAAGAAGCAAAAUUAGAACAAGGUAUCGCAAUCCGAAGUUAACAUCAACUACAGUAGAGAUGUGACAUAUAUCUCUGCAUAAUGCUCCGGGGAGGUUGGCUUCCAUCUAUGGAGAUUGCAGUAGGUGGAAAAAUCGAGCAAAAUAUCGUAGAAGACGACACGGAUCCGACCCGGUGGAUGAAAGAUCAAACGAUAACGGUUCCGGUCCAGAUCCUCAACAGCACCGCCUACCGCCGAGUUACAGGCGAGGACCCACCGCCCUCGCCCAUCGAUGCAUCCACAUACGCAGAGGCGGGACUUCCAUUCUUCGAGCUGUGGGAGGAGCCUAGCAGCGUUGCCGGCGACUUCGAAGGAGUCAAGAGCGUCAACCAGAUAGAGCAAGACCGAGGCCUUGCACAGGGGAGCGAGGCACCUGUUCAUCCGCGGAUCGUCGAGCUGAAUAACCGUAGCGACAUCACAAUUCCUAAUCGACAUGCAAUGUUGAUCGACGAUCCGGAUGGUCUGAUGAAUCCGGCUGGCCCUCUUCGCAAAUUCCGCACUGUUGCUGAUAUGAUGCGCGACUUGGAAAUUUAGGUCUGAUCUGAUCUAAUAUGGUCUAGGAAGGGUUGUAUUCUUGCAAUCGGGGAG